AUGCCGGGACGCGCGACGCCGACGCCGAGCGAGGCGCCGACGCACGGGCGCGGCGAGGGCGUGGGCGCGGAUUUCACGCGCACGGUGGGUUUUUCAGUGCCGAGCGCGAUCGGGCACGCGCACGACGCCGGGAGGGACCACGCGCGGUCUGGGGUGGCCAAGGCGUUGUCGGCGUAUCACGCGGCGUCGACGGCGUCGAACGAGCGGGAGAGCGGACGGGAGACGGAGAGGCGAUCGAUCGAGAUCGAGGACGGGACGCGAGGCGGCGCGGCGGGGACGGAUGACGUCGAGGUGGGGUCGAGGUCGCCGGUGAUGAUACUCCCGUCGACGGCGCGCGGGCAAGGAAGCGCGGGACGGAUGAUGGGGACGAAAGGGCCGAGAGAGGCGCGGGUGAGCGGUGGGGAGGGACGGGCGCUCGCGACGGAGUUCGCGCGAAAGGCGACGACGGCGGCGGCGGAGACGACGGUGGAGACGAAUUCUGGGACGACGGUUGCGGUGACAGACGUCCGGGGAGUCGAUACCGAGGUCGCGCGCGCGAAUGAGCCGGUGGAGAAGGAGGUUUCCGUGACGGAGGAGAAGCGUUCGAGCGCGAGGGCGGAUGAGGCGCCCGCGGAGAAGAAGGAAAGGAAGGACAAAACGGGCGGUCCGCCGCGUGAUAUUCCGGAGAAGAAACCACCGAUGACCAAGGCGGAUCGACGGGCGUUACAAGAGGCGCAACGCGCGGCCAAGGCGGCGAAACAGGCGGAAGCCGGCGGGGCGGCAAAGAAGCCGGCGGCUGACUCGAACGCCAGGGUAGGCGCCGACGCGCCCGCGCCCGCGGUCAAGGGAUCGGAGGACAAGGCGCUGACGUCGACGAAAAAGAAGGCACCGGCGGUGGUGGCGAGUUCGGCGUUGAAAUCCGGUGUGUCACACCUGCGCAGCGCGAACAAGGAUUUCGUGCCCAACGUCUCGGUGCAUCCGGCGGUGGAGCGUUUGGCGGUGAACUACGCUCGAGGAAUUACGAAGGGCGCUCGCGAACGCGUGAGCGCGCUUUUGCUAGUCCUUCGUGCCGUCGUCGAGAGCUUCAAAGUGCCCGAUGACUCGACGUAUGCUGUGUCGCUGACGCAAACGAUUAACCAAGUGGUGCACACGCUGGACAAGGCGCGUCCAAUGGGCGUCGCCAUGGGCAACGCGGUUCGUUCGCUGAAGACGCAUCUGGCUCGUGUUUCCAGAGAGGAGGCUCAGGGAGUAAGCUGGGAAAAGUGCAGGCAGCAAACGCUCAUGCACAUCGAUUACUUCAUCAAGGAAAAGCUCGAGCUCGCCAUUGCGUCCAUCACCGACACCGGCGUGGCGAAGAUUGAGAACGGUGAUACAGUCGUGACGCACGGUGCGUCUCGGGUCGUUCGCGAAAUUUUGCUCAGGGCACACGCGAACGGCGUCCAGUUCACCGUCGUCGUCGUCGAUAGCCGUCCGUCGAGCGAAGGCGCCGGUAUUCUUAGCGAUUUGUGCGCGCAGGGCAUCGACUGCGUCUUCACUGCGCUGAACGGAUUGAGCUACAUCAUGGAACACGCGACCAAGGUGUUGAUCGGUGCCGCGGCGUGCCUGAGUAACGGCGCCGUGGUCUCAAGAAUCGGUGCCAGCGCGGUCGCGCACGCCGCCGUAGAGCGCUCGAUCCCUGUGUUUGUCGCUGCGGAGACGUGCAAGUUCCACGAGCGUGUGCAGUUCGACGCCUUCGCGUUCAACGAACUCGGCGCCACCGAAGACGUCAUUAGAGUCCGAGGUGUCGACGGCGUCCUCGCGUCCGCGGGCGAUGUGGGCAGCCUCUCCAUCAUCAACCUCGCCUACGACAUCGUCCCAGCCAAGUGCGUCGAGUCGAUAAUAUGUGAAGUCGGCGAGAUCGUCCCGAGCGAGGUCCCGUGCCACAUUCUUCCGCACUAG